AUGGCUGCGGGCGCCGUGCUGGUCGUGAUCCGGUCUCGCCGCUGCGGUGAGCCCGUCGGCUCGCGGCGCCGACGUCCGGACGACCAGCGCCUGACGCUGGCGGCUGCCGCGGCGCAGUUGUCGCGCGCCCACUUCGACUUCACGCUCAGCCUCUAUUCGGCGCUGGCCGACGACACCGCCAGCCGACAGCAGGACUUGCUCGUCUCGCCGUACUCAGUGUUCUCACUGCUGUCGAUGCUGUUCCUGGGCGUCGGCGCCGAGUCGCCAUCGGCGGCGCAGCUACGCGAUGUGCUGCACUUCCAGAACAUCAGCUACUCCCAUGUGCAGCGCGCCUUCCAGCAGGCGGCACAGGUGAUGCGACACCCCUACUACGAGGAUCGCUUCCUGGAGGAGAUGGCGCUGCUGCUGGCGCACGACGUGAACGUGUCAGACUUCUACUCGCGCGCGCUGGACGAGUUCUACCGGCGGACAGUGGUCGCGGUGGACUUCGGCAAGCCAGAGCGACCGGUGCUGCUGAUGAUGUCGAAGGUCCACUUCCAUGGACAGUGGAUGCAGCCGUUCAACGCCUCCAUGACCUUUGACAAGGGUCUUUUCUUCCACGAAGGCUCUCAAAGGAUGGAGGUGCCCGUGAUGACGGGACGGUUCCGGCUGCCGAUCGGCUACAGUCACGACCUGGAGGCGCGCGUGCUGGAACUGCCGCUCCAGGAGCGUCGUCUCUCCAUCUUCAUCCUCCUGCCAGACGCGCUGGAAGACGGUCUGCACCGGCUCGAGACCAACCUGACCACGGACAACCUGCGCGCCAUGCUCUCCACGCUGAAGGACGAGACGGUGCACGUGAAGCUGCCACGCUUCCGGCUGGCCUGCUCUGGUCACCUGCGGCGCGUGCUGAUGGCGCAGGGCCUGACGCACGUGUUCGACCCGAGGACGGCCGCCAUGACCGGCAUCAACGCUGACGGCCGGUACUUCGAGGUGGACCACCCGUUCGUGUUCCUCGUCUGGGACUACUACUCGGCCAUGGUGCUGCUGAUGGGCCGCGUGGUGCACCCGGAGCCCAUCCUCGACUGA